AUGGCUCGACAUCAGGCUGUCUCACAGCUACACUUUUUUGCUUUGAUUCUUGAAUCCCUUUUCAAAGGUGCUGAUCAUCCGCUUUCCCAUUUUCACAAUGUCUCCGAAGACGAACUCGACGAGCUGUGGAGCUGGAAUACGCCCCUACAGCCUGAGCUUCGCUUCUGUAUGCACGAGAAGGUGUCUGAGAGAGCUGCGCUGCAUCCAGAAAAGAUCGCGAUAGAUGCCUGGGAUGGCACCUUGACGUAUGGCCAGAUCGAAGACUACUCUGACAAACUGGCAAAGUUGCUCCGAUUGCUGGAUGACUCGUCCAACCGGAUUAUCCCAGUGUUGUUCGAAAAGUCGAGGUGGACAUCAGUAGCAGUGCUCGCGAUUAUGAAAUCUGGCGCAUGCUUUGCACUGCUCGAUCCAGCUCAGCCAGAAGGUCGGUUACGAGCCGUGGUCCAGCAAGUCAAUGCCAAAAUUUUCCUCUCUUCCAAAGCACAAUCGACCCUUGCAGCGCGAGUGGCACCUGCUGCUACCAUCAUCCCGAUAUCCAAAUCCAAGUUCAACAAGAUCUUUUCUCCUUACACAGCGGAGCAACCGAAUACUACACUUCCGCCUGUCUCGCCGGAUCAGCCGUUGUACAUUCAGUUCACCAGCGGAAGUACAGGUGUUCCAAAGGGAUGUAUCCUCACCCACAGCCAGUAUACUUCUGGUGCGAUACCGCGCGCUGCAGCUGUGGGAUACUAUCCACAUUCUCGCGUGCUGGAUUUUGCAAGUUACGCUUUUGAUGUGUGCAUCGACUCCAUGCUCUGCACACUGGCCCAUGGCGCCACACUUUGCACACCUUCAGAUGAGCGACGCAUGAACGACAUGAGUGGCGCCAUGCGUGACAUGCAGGUCACCUUUGCCGGCAUGACCCCAUCGGUCGCUCGAACCCUGGAAGUAGAUAUUUUGAACAAUCUCGAAUCUAUCGCGCUAGGAGGUGAGGGUGUCUCGAUAAGCGACGCCAUGUCGUGGGGUCAGAGGACCAGAGUCGUGAAUGCUUACGGCCCGUCCGAGGCGACCGUGGGCGCCACUAUCAAUGACAAUGUAGCGGCCAAACCUUACAUCACAAUGGGUAAACGCAAAGGCUGUGCCCUCUGGCUUAGUGACCCUGAGAAUCACAACAAGCUAGUACCUGUUGGUGCAGUUGGCGAAUUGCUGAUUGAAGGCCCAAUUGUCGGUAAUGGUUAUUUGAAUAACCCCUCCAAGACAAAGGAGGUUUUCAUCGAAGACCCGGAGUUCUUGCUCAAAGGCAGUAAGAGCUAUCCCGGCCGACAUGGACGCAUCUACAAGACCGGUGAUCUGGUGCGCUUUGACCCAGAUGGUGAUGGCGAGCCCAUCUUCGUCGGACGCCAGGACCAGCAGGUCAAGCUACGCGGACAGCGUAUCGAGCUGGCUGAAAUCGAAUUCAACAUGCAGAAGCAUCUACCUCCUGAUACGCAGCUGGCAGCUGAAGUCAUUAAACCAAGUGGUGGUGGCGAGCAGACGUUGGUCGCCUUUCUCGUCGAGCAGAAGAAGAACGGAAUGCGUCACCUCGACGGUAACGUCUUCGGAAGCUUUACCAAUAAGUUCCAGGACGCUCUCAGGGAUAUGACGAAGCAACUCUUUGUUGAUCUGCCUAGUUACAUGAUACCCAGCGCUUACAUUCCGCUCUGGAAGAUGCCUCUACUCGUCUCAUGCAAGACGGAUCGGAAGCGGCUGCGUGAGAUUGGUGCUUCCGUCACUCGUCAGGAUCUCCGCCGCUUCAAUUCAGCUGUAUCCGAGAAGAAAGAGGCUACAACAGAAAUGGAGCUGAAGCUUCAGUCACUUUGGGCGAAGCUGCUCGGCGGAGACGCCGAUUUCAGCGCCAACGACAAUUUCUUCAGCAUGGGCGGCGACUCUCUGAGAGCAAUGAGAUUGGUAGCUGCUGCGAGGGAUGAAGGAGUCGUAUUGAGCGUACCAGAUAUCAUGCUUAACCCGACACUAUCGUCCAUGGCUGAAAAGGCCAAACCAGUCUCUGCAGAAGAGACAAGUGAUGUUCCUCCAUUCUCUAUGAUUGCAAAGGAUUGGGAUGUUGAUGCAGCACGACAAGAGAGCGCGAGACUUUGCGGUGUUGAUGUUGCAAACGUAGAGGAUGUCUAUCCUUGUACGCCUCUUCAAGAGGGUCUCAUUGCCCUGUCCGCCAAAUUCCAAGAUGCAUACGUUGCUCAGCGUGUUGCAACGCUCCCAGCAGAAACGGCCGUGCGCUUGAAAGAAGCUUUCGACACCGCUGUGCAAGGCUCGCCAAUUUUGCGAACGAGAAUCAUCAACGUCUCUGGUCGAGGCUUGUUCCAGGUUGUACUCAAGGAUGGGCAGUUAGUACGCGAGUAUAGCACUGAAGUCUCCGAGUACCUCAGACUUGAUAGGAAUGAGCCUAUGGAUCUCGGGACUGCCUUGUUCCGUUAUGGCCUCGUCGAAGAACCUGGAAGUGACAAGAUGAACUUUGUCAUCACGAUGCAUCACGCCGUCUAUGAUGGGUGGUCGAUGCCUCUUGUAUUCGAUCGCGUCAAUCGUGCUUUCAAUGGCCUUCAUACCGAGCGACCAUCGUCUUUCAAACACUUCAUCAAGCAUCUCAUCAGUCUCGAUCCAGCCGAUGCUCAGCAGUACUGGAAGGAGCGUCUAGAAGGCACAAUCCCCCAUCAGUUCCCUCCUUUGCCGCAAAAGGGAUACACUACUCAGGCCGACUCCCUGCUCGAGCACUACGUUACAGUCCCUACCUCAGCACAUUCCAAGCUUACUCUAGCGACCAUCAUCCGCGGCGCAUGGGCUCUUGUAUCAUCGCUGUACAUGGGUCAUCCAGAUAUUGUCUUUGGCGAAACACUUACCGGUCGCUCAGCGCCCGUUCCCGGUAUCGAGCAGAUUGAAGGACCAAUGAUCACAACCGUUCCUAUCCGCGUCCGCCUUAGUCUCGAUCGCCCUAUUGCCGAGUACCUCCAAAAAAUCCAUGCUCAGACCGUAAAACAGAUUCCUCAUGAGCACUUGGGCCUCCAGAAUAUCCGCCGUCUGAGCAAGGACGCACGUGUUGCAUGCGACCUUCGUACCGGUCUUGUACUACAUCCCAAAGAAGAUGAAGACUGGGGCACAGUCGAUAUACGUAAUCCUGCAAACACAUUCCUUCCCGCCAAUGAUGCAGAAGGAGCACGCGAGGCACUCAAGUUCAACACUUAUGCUCUGAUGCUUGUCUGCACGCUCGAAGAGAACGGCUUCCUGGUCAUGGCUAGUUUCGACUCCAACUGUAUCAGCAAAGAGGCAAUGGAGAGAGUGCUUGCUGUACUCGACCGAAUCGUUCAUGCUUUCUUGGGUAACCCCGAGAGCAAGCUGGGCGAUGUGGCAGUCCUAGAUCCAGUGGAAGCUCAAGAUGCGGAGGCUAUGAGGCCAAGAGAUGUCAUGAGUGACAGUGCACUGGGCAUGUCGCCGGUUGAUGGGCCCGAAUCCAUGGAUGCUAGCUUGAAGGAGCUGUCGCCCAACGAGGAGAAACUGCGAAGUAUUCUGGGUCGCAUUUUGGGCAUGAAGGAAACUGACAUCAGGCCAAGUGAUAGCUUCUUUGACCUGGGCGGAGAUUCCAUUGGUGCUAUGCGUCUCGUUUCUGACGCCCGCGCUCAAGGCCUUAACCUGACGGUUGCCCAGGUCUUCCAAAGCAGCUCCUUGUCUGACCUGGCUGCUUCAGCAAGCAAUGAACGGGAAGACAAGCUGGCAGAGAUUCUCAGCCGUAUACUUGGUAUGGCCAAGACUGAUAUCAAGAGCAGUGACAGCUUUUUCGAGUUGGGAGGUGACUCUAUCGGCGCAAUGAGGCUGGUCUCAGAUGCUCGCGCGCAAGGGCUCAACAUUACAGUUGCACAGGUCUUUCAGAGCAAAUCCCUUGCCGAACUCGCGUCUUCAGCUGAAGAAGAGACACCAUCGCAGCCCCGGGUUGAUACUGAUGCACCUUUCAUUGCGCUUGGCAAGGACGCCAAUCUCCACAGUCCUGAUCGCGUUGGCCUGUACCUUGAAAACCAGGGAUGGGAGAUCACGAAUAUCUACCCGACGAGACCGCUGCAGCAACUCGCAGUUGAGGGAACCGUGGACCUACCACGGUACUCACUACGUUAUGAGCUGAUCAAGUUUGCCACUCCGAUCGACCGUCAGAGGCUCGAGCAAGCAUGCCAGGAGCUCGUGGCACGCAAUGAGGUUCUGCGCACUGUUUUUGUCAAAGAUGACGGUUUAACACUCGGUGUGGUUCUGUCCUCACUUGUAGUGCCUUACACUGAGACUGCGGUUCCAGACGGUGAAGAUGCUGAUGCCUUCAUCCAGGCAGGCAUCAAACAGGACAUCGAAGCACCCAAGCCAUACGGAUCAUCUUUCGUCGCCUUCAAUCUCUUCACCCACACCAACGGCGCUUCCACCCUCGUCUUCCGAAUCUCACACGCCCAGUACGACGAGAUCUGCCUGCCCAUACUCUUCGAGCAGCUCUCCGCCCUAUACGCCGGCACCACAGUCCCUGAAACCGUACCCUUCAGCAAACACAUCAACCACGUUGUCCUAGACAACAUCCCCAAAGCAAUCCCAUACUGGAAGAACCUCCUCUCCGGCUCCGAAAUGACCGUCUUGAAACCCAGCAUCCCACUCACCCACCGCGGCCCCGCAGACAUCUACAAAGAAUUCGACAUUUCUCGCCGCCCUGCCAACAUCACCAUCGGCUCUCUCCCCACCGCCGCCUGGGCCCUCGUCCUCUCCCGCCGCCUCUCCCGCACCGACGUCGUCUUCGGCGAAGUCGUCUCGGGCCGCAAUGUGGGCGCCCCCAACGCCGACCGCAUCUUCGGUCCCACCUGGCAAUACAUCCCCUUCCGCGUCGCCUUCUCCAAAUCCUGGUCCUACCUCGAUCUCCUCCGAUACGUCCAAGACCAGCACAUGACCUCUGCUGCGUACGAAUCCAUGGGCUUCAGCGAGAUUGUGAAGAAUUGCACGCAUUGGGAUCCCGAGAGCGUGCAGUGGUUCGAUACGGUCGUGCAUCAGGCGCCGGCCUGGGUCGAGGAGAUGCCGUUUGGGAAUGGCGUCGAGGCCAAGUUUCAGACGCUGUAUCCGCAUGCUGAGCCUUUGCGUGAGUGGAAGUGUCAGGCGUUUGUUAAGGAUGGGGGGAGGAAGUUGGGGAUUGAGAUUGUGACGUUUGAGGAGUGGAUUGGGGAGGCCGAGGGGGUGUUGGAGGAGGUUGGGAAGGCGUUGGAGUGUUUGAUGGAGGGGAGGGCUGGAGAGAGUAUCUUUUGA